GACUUGCCAUUGGUGGACCGGGCCGACCCGGAAGGGUGGAUGCUCGCGGCUGGAGUGCGGAGAAAGCCGGGUGGCGGGAACUUUUUACGGAAAGAAAUUUGGAUCUCUAAUUCAGUGUUGGAAUGGCAUCUGUUUCAGCUCUAACUGAGGAAUUGGAUUCGGUGAACAAUGAGCUACAUGCAGUAGACAUUCAAAUUCAGGAACUUCUGGAGAGGCAACAAGAGCUUACUCAGAAAAAAAACAUCCUAACAAACAGAAUAAAGCAGUGUUUGGAGGAUUCUGAUGCUGGGGGAAGCAAUGAAUGUGAUUCUUCACCUGCCUCUUGGAAUAAAGAAGAUUUUCCAUGGUCUGAUAAAGUUAAAGAUGUUCUGCAAAAUGUCUUUAAACUGGAGAAGUUCAGACUGCUUCAGCUUGAAACUAUUAAUGUAACAAUGUCUGGAAAGGAUGUAUUUCUUGUUAUGCCUACAGGAGGUGGAAAGAGCUUAUGCUACCAGUUACCAGCAUUAUGUUCAGAUGGUUUUACACUUGUGAUUUGCCCAUUGAUUUCUCUUAUGGAAGACCAAUUAAUGGUUUUAAAACAAUUAGAAAUUUCAGCUACUAUGUUAAAUGCUUCUAGUUCUAAGGAGCAUGUGAAAUGGGUUCAUGCUGAAAUGGUAAAUAAAAACUCCACGCUAAAGCUAAUUUAUGUGACUCCAGAGAAAAUUGCAAAAAGCAAAAUGUUUAUGUCAAGACUAGAGAAAGCCUAUGAAGCAAGGAGAUUUACCCGAAUAGCUGUGGAUGAAGUUCACUGCUGUAGUCACUGGGGUCAUGAUUUCAGACCUGAUUAUAAGGCACUUGGUAUCUUAAAGCGCCAGUUCCCGAACACAGCACUGAUUGGGCUGACUGCGACCGCAACCAGUCAUGUUUUGAAGGAUGCUCAAAAAAUACUGUGUGUUGAGAAGUGUUUUACUUUUACAGCUUCUUUUAAUCGGCCAAAUCUUUAUUAUGAGGUUCGUCAAAAGCCUUCAAACACUGAAGAUUUUAUUGAGGAUAUUGUAAAGGUCAUUAAUGGGAGAUACAAAGGGCAAUCAGGAAUCAUUUAUUGCUUUUCUCAGAAGGACUCUGAGCAAGUUACAGGUAGUUUACAGAAAUUGGGAAUUCGUGCAGGUGCAUACCAUGCCAAUAUGGAACCAGAAGAUAAGACCAAGGUUCACAGAAGAUGGUCAGCCAAUGAAAUUCAGGUAGUAGUGGCAACGGUUGCAUUUGGUAUGGGAAUUGAUAAGCCAGAUGUGAGAUUUGUUAUUCAUCAUUCAAUGAGUAAAUCUAUGGAAAAUUAUUACCAGGAGAGUGGUCGUGCAGGUAGAGAUGACACAAAAGCGGACUGUAUUUUGUACUAUGGCUUUGGAGACAUAUUCAGAAUCAGUUCAAUGGUGGUGAUGGAGAAUGUGGGGCAACAAAAGCUUUAUGAGAUGGUGUCAUACUGUCAAAACAUAAGCAAAUGUCGCCGUGUAUUGAUAGCUCAACAUUUUGAUGAAGUAUGGAACUCAGAAGCGUGCAACAAAAUGUGUGAUAAUUGCUGCAAAGACAUUUCAUUUGAAAGAAAGAAUGUAACAGCCUACUGCAGAGAUCUAAUCAAAAUCCUGCAGCAGGCAGAGGAAAUGAAUGAAAAGCUCACUCCACUGAAACUGAUCGAUUCUUGGAUGGGAAAGGGAGCAGCAAAAUUGAGAGUAGCAGGUGUUGUUCCUCCCACACUCCCUCGUGAAGACCUGGAGAAAAUUAUUGCGCACUUUCUUCUACAGCAGUAUCUUAAAGAAGACUACAGUUUUACAGCUUACGCUACCAUUUCCUAUUUGAAAACAGGACCUAAAGCUCAUCUUCUGAACAACGAGGCGCAUGUUAUUACUAUGCAAGUAAAGAAGUCCACGCAGACCUAUUUCAGGAUUGAAUCAUCUCAAACUUGUUAUUCUGAAGGAUCUGAUAAAAAGAAGGAAGGAAAAAAUUCGGGCAACUUCCAGAAGAAAUCUGCAAACAUACUUCAGCAAUCUGAUACUAAGAAUACAGGGGCUAAGAAAAGAAAAAUUGAUGAUGCAUGAGAUGAAUGUUUCUAAAUUUUCCAAGAAAACAGUUUAUGCAUGCAUGCACCAUUAUUUUUGUAGCUUAAACUUUAAGACACUUUCAUUAAUAUUUUAUAUAUGUGAAGCUGUAUUUUAAGAACUUCUCUCUAAAGUAUUGGAGACUUGAGAAUUUGAGAACUUUUGAAAAUUUAAGAGCAUGAACUGCAUACAUUUACAGUGUGAAAUGAGGGGAAAAAUAAAUUUUUAAUGUAAAACCCUUUAAAUGUAAAAUAGUUAAGGGAGUAAGUUCACAUAACUAUCUUAAGCUCUUUAUGCCUUGUAAUUUUUUUUUUUGACAGAACUAUCUUUUGACAGCAGUGUUGUUGUACUGAGAAUUUUACAUAGGCUCAUCACAAAGAGUACCCUCAGGUUAAAACAGAUGUAGAAUCCACACAAAAAGAGUAAUAAGGUAUCAAUACUAAUAUUAGUAAGAUGGCGAUGUCUCUAUUUAAGUAAAAUAAAACUAAGCUUGAAACCAUA